AUGAGCAAUCCUGCUUUGAUCGCAUGCACAAGAUGUGCCAUAUCCAAGGCACGUUGCGACCGCAAGGUACCAUGCUCGCAAUGUGUUGCAAGAGGAUAUGUUUGUCAGCCACGUUGUACCUCGCGCCGGCCGCGAGCUCCUCGAAAGUCGUCGGCACGAAAUUUGAACCAGACUUCAGCAGAGCCGACUAGCACCAUCAGCUCCGAUAGCAGCCAUGUCCCACGCAUGGAGCAGUUUACCGGCUACAUGGUGCCUGAAAACCAGUCGCAGAAUAACGAUAUGUUUGCUUUUAACACGAAUUUACCUCAAGGACCUCUGGAUCUGGGUGGCUACGAUGAUUUCAUGGGCUUCUCAUAUCCCGAUGCGCCCUCCAAUAGCGAUGCCAUGGAUACGAGUACAUCCAACAACCUCUUCACCUCCAUACAAUCUAUGGAUAUGCACGGAAGCGAUCCCCAGUUUUCACCACAUGCAGCGGGCGGCCAGAUGUUUCAACAACACCAUAUGCCACAUGUCUCGAAUCAGCCACCGACGCCACCGGAUACAACGCCCCGGACGACAAAAAGUGUUCCCACCAGCCCGCCACCUGGGAUGCAAACCCCCUUUAGUCCGAAACGCUACCCUCACAAAACACCUACAGAUAGACCUGCAACACCGGAUGAUGUACUUGCGGAGUUGGUGGAGUUGCUCGCUCAGCCUGAUGCGUGGCACGGACUCCCAGGUAGCAACAGCGAUUCCAGUCAGACCCUUUCACACGAUGCACGCGACCGCAUCGUCGCCACCGUUCAAGUAUUGCUGCAACGUGCACUACAAAGCCGCUACUCACCUACAACACCAAGUCAAGGCCUCUUUGGACGCAUCGUAGUACUGCCACCGUCCCAUGUACUUAUGCACUUUAUUGAAGCCUACGCAAGUCGCAUCGACUCCAUCCAACCCUAUCUGGGUCUUGCUGGCUCUUCCGUUGUCAACAUCCAAGACAUCCUACAAAUCGAUACGGCAGAUGUCGGCAUACUACUGAUCAUUCUUCUAAUUGCGCAAGGCGCUAUGCUCACGGACCAUUCCGAAUCCCACAUACUUGCGAACGGCUUGAUAGAAGUAUGCAGGAUCGCGUUGGAUGAUGUUCUUGAGAACCGAAGCAUAUCGCAGCCGAUGAUUGGAGGUAUUGCACUGCAGUUACUGACGCUUUGUGCACGAAGUGGUAAAGACUCCUUUGCUUCGUACGCCAUGUCGAAACGAGGCCAAUAUUUGAGUAUGUUGAAAAAUUCUGGCGUUCUGCAGCCCGAACAGACCCUGCAUAACCCGAAAUCCGACGGAAUGGAACUUUGGGAAAGAUGGAAAGAACUGGAGCAGCGCAACCGACACGCGUACGCGUGGGUCUACGUAGAUCUCGAGAUCAGCUUAUUACACGACCUUCCACCAAUACUCUCAGUUAAUGAUUUGCAAGUCCCCUUGCCGCAAGAUAACGACCUAUGGCAUGCCCAGUCGUAUAGCGCUUGGCUCGAGCACUCUGGCGCAAAUGGGACCAGGUCGGGCCCCUGCAAUCCCGCGAAAUUCGGUGCUUGGCUGGAACAACAGCAACAACAAGGUGCCAAUGGUGCUCGCUCUGGUCAUAUGACUCCAUCGCUCAACGGCCUCUUCCGAAGUUUCCUCCAGGGCCGAAUGGGUGAUGAUUUACCUCUGCAUCACCUUCGUCUUCUCCUCCAUCCAUUGCAAGCCAUGGUGCUUGAGCAGCAGCAACUCUUGCGCAUCUUCGAUACCGAUGAGCCGUCUAACCGAUAUCGCGUUCUUUCCAAGAUUAAGAUUUUGGGUCGUUUGCAGGAGACGCAGGAUUUGCUUCAAGAUUUGGGAACGCUUCUAACUCGGCGCUCCAAAACCGCUGUUGUCGAAGACGACAAGGGCCAGGCACACUCCACUGACUUCGUGAGUAUGAUUAUGCUCCAUCUGGUUAGCUUGAAUGUUUUUACUAGCAUCCCCGAAAUUGAGAAGUGUGCCAAGGAAAUGCCACCCGCUUCGGACGCGGCCCGUGCGGAGAUGUGGCGCUGGGCACGCUAUCCCGAAGGAGAGAGCUAUGUUUUGUUCCAUGCCGGGCAAAUAUUCCGACUGAUCGACGGAUUACCAAAGGAUGCGCGACCGACCUGGUGGCCGGUAGCUUUCUACCGUGCCGCUAUGUCGUGCUGGUCACUCCGAUCUUUGGAGCGGCCUUCUUCGGCAUGCGCCCAAUCGCUCGAAGUCUGCAUUGACGCCUUGUUGCCUGCUGAGGAAGAGUGCUUUCUUAACACGACUACCGGUACACCGGUCGUCACCCUUGGCGAUAAGAGACGGCUGCCCAUUCUGGAAGGCAACAACAGCUUGCAAUAUUGUAUCAGCAAGCUGGAAACACACCCUACACAUUGUUCACGUAAUGUUCUUGAGAAGGCUAGGUACUUCUCAAAUAGAUGGAGGUCAUGA